AGCGUGCAUCGGCAUCGUGUGGCCGCCGUUCGUCGGGGCACGGCAACCCAAGCCGUUCGGAUAGAUAGCCGGUGGCCCGCCUCCCCUCUUCCUACCGCACCACCACCACCACUGAACUAGCCGCCGCCGCACUUCCACCCCCAACUCUCCCCGCCUCGCACCCAUGGCGACGGCCCUGAUGGCUGCGGCCACCACCUCAUGCUCCCCGCGCCGCGCGGCGCCGCUCCUGAAGCCGGUGGCCUCCUCCUCGUCUAGCUCGGCGCGGCCGCGACGGCCCUCGGCGCAGCAGCUCCCGCGGCUGCUGGCGACGGCGACGGCGGCGGUGGCGGCCGCGCCGCUCCCGGCGCUGGCGGAGCAGAUGGAGAAGGCGGCGCUCUUCGACUUCAACCUGACGCUCCCGGCGAUCGCGAUCGAGUUCCUGCUGCUCAUGGUCGCGCUGGACAAGCUCUACUUCACGCCGCUCGGCAAGUUCAUGGACGAGCGGGACGCCAAGAUCCGCGGCGAGCUAGGAGACGUCAAGGACGCCUCCGAGGAGGUGAAGCAGCUGGAGGAGCAGGCCGCCGCCAUCCUGAAGGCCGCGCGCGCCGAGAUCGCCGCGGCGCUCAACAAGAUGAAGAAGGAGACCACCGCGGAGCUGGAGGCCAAGCUGGACGAGGGCCGCCGCCGCGUGGAGGCCGAGCUCGUCGAGGCGCUCGCCAACCUCGAGUCCCAGAAGGAGGAGGCCGUCAAGGCGCUCGACGCGCAGAUCGCCUCGCUCAGCGACGAGAUCGUCAAGAAGGUGCUCCCAUCCGCGUGAGCGAAUCAAAACAGCGAGCCGGCCGGCCGGCCUUCUUCCUUGCUUAGCUUCUGAUCUGUGUGUAUACGCUUGUUGGGCUGCCGUCCAUUGCCGGCCCUGCUUUAUCCUAUGAUGUGUGUAAUUGCAUCAACAUUUUGUGGCAAGUAUAAAUGAAUCAAUCAUAUUUCUGAAGAAA